AUGACAGCUGUGAGGUAUGAACAAGGGGCAGAGCUGACAGAAACAUCCAGCUCUCCAACAGCAGAAGAGCCCACAGUGAAGAUUGAUGAUGGUCGUGAUGAGGAUAAUGAACCAGACAGCUGUUCCAAUGCAAUUAGGAGAAAAAUUUCCCCAUUUGUGAUGUCAUUUGGAUUCAGAGUAUUUGGAGUUGUACUUAUCAUUGUGGACAUUAUAGUUGUGAUUGUGGAUCUGGCUAUCAGUGAGAAGAAGAAAGGUGUUAGAGAGAUUCUUGAAGGUGUUUCCCUGGCAAUAGCACUCUUCUUUCUCAUCGAUGUUCUCCUGAGGGUGUUUGUUGAAGGCUUCAGGAACUAUUUCCGGUCAAAACUGAAUAUUUUGGAUGCAUUGAUAGUGGUGGGCACUCUAUUAAUAAACAUGACAUACUCCUUCUCAGACCUUGCUGCAGCAGAUCAGAUACCAAGAAUGGUUACUCUCCUGCGAGUUCUGAGAAUUGUCAUCUUAAUAAGAAUAUUUCGCCUGGCUUCACAAAAGAAGCAACUUGAAGUGGUGACCAGGAGAAUGGUCUCUGAAAACAAAAGGCGUUAUAUGAAAGAUGGCUUUGAUCUGGAUCUCACUUAUGUUACUGAUCGCAUUAUUGCAAUGUCAUUUCCAUCUUCUGGGAAGCAGUCUUUCUAUAGGAACCCUAUAGAGGAAGUUGCAAGAUUUUUGGACACCAAACAUGCAGACCACUAUAAAGUCUACAAUCUCUGCAGUGAAAAAGGCUAUGACCCCAAGUACUUCCACUACAGGGUAGAAAGGAUCUUUAUUGAUGACCACAAUGUCCCAGCGCUACAGGACAUGCUGAAAUUCACUGCCAGUGUCCGUGAGUGGAUGAGUCAAGAUGAAAAGAACAUCAUAGCAAUUCACUGUAAAGGAGGCAAAGGCAGGACUGGAACAAUGGUUUGUACCUGGCUCAUAGACAGUGACCAGUUUGAGAGUGCAAAGGAAAGCUUGGACUACUUUGGGGAGAGAAGAACUGAUAGAAGCACAAGUACCAAGUUUCAAGGAGUUGAAACUCCAUCCCAGAGUAGGUAUGUUGGGUAUUAUGAGAUCCUGAAAAACAAGUAUAACUUGAAACUCCCACCAGAGAGACAACUCAAAAUAAAAAACCUCAAAAUCCACUCUAUACAUGGAGUUGGGAAAGGCAAUGGAACUGAUAUGAAGGUGCAGAUAAUAGUGAGGAAGCAAAUUGUACUGGAAUGUGUAUGUGCCAGUCAAGGAAACUGCAAGCUCUUCUUUGAUUCUGAAAGUGACUCUGUAGUCAUUGGCUUGGAAGACAGCCCUGUUAUAAGUGGUGAUGUGAAAGUCAGAUUUGAAUCGCACUCUGAUCUCCCAAAGGGCUAUGAUGCCUGCCCAUUCUUCUUCUGGUUCAACACUUCCUUUAUUGAAAAUAACAGACUCUACCUUCCCAGGAAUGAACUGGAUAACCCUCACAAGUCUAAAACAUGGAAAGUCUAUAGUGAGACAUUUGCUGUGGAGGUGAACUUUACUGAACCAUAA